GACACAAAGACUCAGGCCUAAGCCCCCCAGAAGCCACAUCAGCAGAAUCCAGCCAGGCCGGCUUGCUGACUAAUGGAAUUAAUUCUCUCUGUUCCAUCUGUGGGGAUCGUGCUACUGGCAAACAUUAUGGUGCAUCCAGCUGCGAUGGGUGCAAAGGAUUCUUCCGGAGGAGUGUCCGCAAGAACCACGUCUAUUCUUGCAGGUUUAACAGACAAUGUGUAAUUGACAAAGACAAGAGGAAUCAAUGCAGGUAUUGUCGAUUGAGGAAAUGUUUUAGAGCUGGAAUGAAGAAAGAAGCUGUACAGAAUGAGCGAGAUCGGAUAAGUAUUCGCAGAAACAGCUAUGAAGACAGUGGGUCCCUGUCAAUUGCCAUCCUGACCCAGGCAGAAGUGAUGGCGACACAGCACUCCUCCAUAAACCCCACGAAUGGGACCGAUGUGGCCACGAAAAAAGUGGCCACCAUCAGCGACGUGUGUGAGUCCAUGAAGCAGCAGCUGUUGAUCCUGGUGGAAUGGGCCAAAUACAUCCCAGUGUUCUGGGAGCUCCCGCUGGAUGACCAGGUGGCAUUAUUAAGAGCCCAUGCUGGAGAACACCUUCUUCUUGGAGUUGCCAAACGAUCUAUUCCCUACACAGAUUUCCUGCUUUUAGGAAACGAUUUCAUUAUUCCUAUGCACUGCCCAGAAAUGGAAAUUGCUCGGGUUGCUAUAAGAAUACUGGACGAGCUGGUCAAGCCCCUGAGGGAAAUCCAAAUUGAUGACAACGAAUACGCUUGUCUUAAAGCUAUCAUAUUCUUUGAUCCAGACUGCAAAGGCCUGAGCGAUCCCGGGAAGGUGAAGCGAAUGCGCUUCCAGGUGCAGGUGAACCUGGAGGACUACGUCACGGACCGGCAGUACGACUCGCGGGGCCGCUUCAGCGACCUUCUUCUCCUCCUGCCCCCGCUACAGAGCAUCACCUGGCAGAUGAUAGAGCAGAUCCAGUUCCUGAAACUCUUCGGCAUGGCUCGCAUCGACAGCCUGCUGCAGGAAAUGCUCCUGGGAGGGAACACCACGGAGAUGCCCCAGUAUCAUUCUGGGAUGCCCAGCUUAAACCUGGAGCCAGUCACUGGCCACAUCCUUCCCAACACCCUCAGUUCAGUGAUCCAGGCCACACCCGGGUCAGGCCAGAGCUGCUCUUUUACAGAAAGUCAUGCAUCUCCAGACACAUCUGUCUCUUCUCCUACAAGCCCUGGGAAUGAAGAUUACAAAUUAGACCCUGCCAGAGGAUCUGAGAUGCCUAUUCAAAUACUUCCCCAGACCGUCAUACCUAAGCAAGAGAUUUUAUAAGCCAUGAAACUAAAGAGACUUAAGCUCUCUGGGAAGUCAUCUACAAGCCAGUCUCCUUACCUUUCCAGAUGUGAGCCACCAUGACUGCCUCAGCUCCACAGCCAGCCUGGAUUUCAAGGGCUGGGGAUUCCAAUGGUCACAUCCAGUUGGAUACUCAGUUAGUACCAGGAUUGUUGUUGGUCCCUGGAUUGAUUCUGCAGGGCCUCUUCCCCUCUUGAAAAUAUAAGAUGGCUAAACUUUGGAGACACUUUAAAGUAAAUACCUCCAACAGCUGUCCAACAGAACUGUAAAAAUCACUAUGGUCUAACUCCAUCUGGCAGGAUUGAAACCUCUGGCUUCUAUUAACAAAACACAAGGCAACAUGGAUCCAAUUUAUGACCUCGGCUUAGGAUUUUUAGACCUGGAGGCAGAACAUGAACCCCAUACACAUACAGAGAAUACACAUUGAGUGUAUUUUUUAAAAACAGCCCAUUUGCAAAUUGGGCAGAGGGGGUAUACUCAGGUAUCCACCUCCCAAUUUGUAGAAGGGCCCAGCCAUCUUUUAUUCAAUUCCAGAAACAUCCCCUAAGUGCCUACUAUGUGCAAGAUACUGCGCCAAUCCCUGGACUGAUUUUUACAUACCGGCUCUAACCUCCCAGAGACCCUUCCUGUUUCCUUCUUCUGGCCAGUCACACCUUAGCCCAUCUUCUCAAAGUAUUCCAAUGCAACAUCUAUAAAAGACCACACAAUUUCCCUCCUCAACCAGGUCACAUCACUACCUUAAAACAGGAAUAAUUAGUUAUUGCUGGGAAAUUUUAGUUUGGUUCUGAUAAAACACAACAGUAUAUCCAUUACAGAGUGGUGUAGUGCUAGCCGUGUGGCCAUAAGCCUCACUGGCCUCAUCCGUAAACUAGGGACAAUUGGCAGUUCCCACUUUGCCAGGUGGUGGUUAGGAUCAAAGGAGAUUAUGUAUGUAAAGGGACAAGUUGUGAGGUGAAUAUCCACUAUUAAUAUGAAGUCAUGAAACCUCUCUGCAUUUUCACCACCCCACCCCCUCCUCCAUUCCCCCUUCAGACCUGCUUCUACUAAACCAGCUUUUCUCAAUGGUUGAGUACUUGAAUCAAGCUUCAGGUCACAAAGGCCCUGUUGCCUGACACAAAUGAAGUGUGACAAUGACUGAGGUUCAGACAGACAGAAGUUGAACAUGCAAACACGUGUCAUCCCCAUUCAUUCAUGGGAGGCUAUUGACAGAACUAUUUCCUGUUCAAAGCACUUCCUCUCAAUAUUACCUUUAGAACCAAAAUCAUUCUUUUAUUCCCAGGAAUGACAAAUCUCUGUCCUAUGACAGUGGACCUGAGUUUUAGAAACAGCUGAGUCAUUCUGGGCCAUAGCAGGUGACUGAAGUAGGGGAUCAAAGUGGAUGCAACCAUUUGGGUAAAAAAAUGAGGGGUGAUAUAUAAAAGGAGUGAGCCUGGUUUCAGCUCUGCUUACUAAAGACUCAAAUCAAAAUAAGAGACCGGCUCUUGAAGGUCACUCCCAAAGAGGACUUGCACACAUAUUUUAAGCAAAGAUGGAAUCUUCAGCACAAGCACAGCUUCCCAUGGUGACUGCCUUGACGGAGGAUAACACUAUGCCUUUGGAUGUGUAAAUUCUAAUCCGUUAAAAAAAAAUCUGUCCCAUGACUUCAUAGUCACACCUUAUAUAUGAGCAAUAUAAUUAAUGCAGGUAUUUUCACAUUAGUCAAGAGUUGUGAAAAUGUCUCAUUACUGAUGUCCUUUUAUAGCUGUCUUUUUUAAAAAAACUGAUUAUAAAUAUGCAUAUUUAGAUUUUUUAAAUACACAUGUAUUGUAUAUACAUAUAUGUGUAUAUAUGUGUGUGCAUAUAUAUGUAUGUGUGUGUAUAUAUGUGUGUAUGCACACACACACACAACACACAGAUAUUGCACUGUAGGAACAGAAAAAAUAUCUGAUUCAUGUUCCCACAUGCAUAAAGCUGCAUAUCUGGAACCUCUUAAACAAUUUUCCAUGUACAGUAUUAAUGCUUAAAAAAUCUAGAAAGCCGUGAUAUUUCCUGUUUGCUGAGGUUAGCCUCCAGCAUGAAAAUGACAUUAUUCCAAUGUGUGGCUUGUUUUCACGGCCUUAAAAAUCUAGCUUCUUCCAACUAGAAAGACAGAAAUCCCACCAAUAUUCAGAAAUGCCUGGUGCCUUGAAACGUCAUGGCAGUAAACAUGAAGUAAACCUGAAGAUAUGCUUACGUACCUCAAAUAAGCCCGGUACGGCAAAGACACCACCACGUACCAGCUGUGAUGCUAAAUGUCAGCCAGUGAAACCCAAAAUUUAACUGCUGAUUUUUGCAACUAUGUUAGCCUUAAGAGUACCUGUAAUGAUUACUUAACAAAUGGCCAGUGAUCACUAUCGUACCAGAAAAUGAGUUUGACUAGAAUCAUGCAAUAAUCAGAUCACAAUUUUCUCUUGAACUUGGGAGUCAUUUUUUCAGGCAUUAACUCAUGAAUCUUCAAUAUCCUGCAAGGCAGAGACGUGAUUUUAGGUGGAGGACUUUUUUUCCAGAUUCAUUUGGCAGAUCAGGAAAUGGAAUCUGUGUCAAUAGUUCCAAAUCUUUUUUGUGCCUCUCACGAAUUACAUUGGUCCAUCACAACUAUGACUAGAUAUUUGAGGGAAGGGGCAGAAAUCCUGAGUGACACACUGCUAAGAAGGGCAAGUGCCAUUUUCACUGAUCCCAGACACCUUAGAGGUCUCCAAAACCAGUGUGAUAAUAUAGGUAAUUUUCUCCAGUUGCUCUGGGGAGGGAGCAGAGAGCAGACUCCAGAAGAGGUCUGUGACAACAACAGGAUUCUCAGGAUGGCCUAGGAGCGAUAAAGGUGUGUGCAUACUGGAUGUGGGGAGCAGGGAUGUACUAGGCAGUGGGAGGCAGAGGCCUCUCCCUCGCAUUAGCACAUUGCGGGGAGGUCCCAGUGGCUCUCUGCCAGUUACAGCUCUGCUUAUCAAACAUUCAAAUCAAAAUGAUGAGAUGCAAUACAAGAUGAACAUUAGUGAAGCCCCAGGAAUGUUGUUUUUACCAGAUCCCUUCUUUAUCAGUGUGAUGCCAAAGCUAAGUCUUGUUUCCCCUAAGGGUCUCUCAAAAACAAUAUUUACUGACUGCUGACUCUUUCUCUAGAGUUUCUGGAAAGAGGCAGGUAGCUGCAGAGCUCUAUGCAUGCACGGCUAUUGUAGGCAUCAUUUUUGAAUUUGCUUGUCUUUACAAUUUCUGGGUUUCUUUUUCCAAAUAAAAUACAAGACCGUUACACAAUA